GUCAUUUCUGAUCGAUAGCAGGGACCUGAUCGCUGAGCUUGGCCAGGGUUGGCAGGGAGCUGAGGAUGCAUCGUGGUUGUCUUUUCUUUCUUUUUUCUUCUUCCUUUUCGUCUCCUUCUCCCUCUUCUUCUCUUCUUCCUCCUCCUCCUCCCUCCUCUUUCUCUUUACUCUUCUUCCUCUCCUCUCCGCUCUGCUCUGCUCUCCUCUCCCUUUCCUCAGGUCACAGCGGAGUGAAUCAGCUCGGUGGUGUCUUUGUCAACGGGCGGCCACUGCCGGACUCCACCCGGCAGAAGAUCGUAGAGCUAGCUCACAGCGGGGCCCGGCCGUGCGACAUUUCCCGAAUUCUGCAGACCCAUGCAGAUGCAAAAGUCCAAGUGCUGGACAAUCAAAACGUGUCCAACGGAUGUGUGAGUAAAAUUCUGGGCAGGUAUUACGAGACUGGCUCCAUCAGACCCAGGGCAAUCGGUGGUAGUAAACCGAGAGUAGCGACUCCAGAAGUUGUAAGCAAAAUAGCCCAGUAUAAGCGGGAGUGCCCGUCCAUCUUUGCUUGGGAAAUCCGAGACAGAUUACUGUCCGAGGGGGUCUGUACCAACGAUAACAUACCAAGUGUGUCAUCAAUAAACAGAGUUCUUCGCAACCUGGCUAGCGAAAAGCAACAGAUGGGUGCAGACGGCAUGUAUGAUAAACUAAGGAUGUUGAACGGGCAGACCGGAAGCUGGGGCACCCGCCCGGGUUGGUAUCCGGGGACAUCGGUGCCAGGGCAACCUACGCAAGAUGGCUGCCAGCAACAGGAAGGAGGGGGAGAGAAUACCAACUCCAUCAGUUCCAAUGGAGAAGAUUCAGAUGAGGCCCAAAUGCGACUUCAGCUGAAGCGGAAGCUGCAAAGAAAUAGAACAUCCUUUACCCAAGAGCAAAUUGAGGCCCUGGAGAAAGAGUUUGAGAGAACCCAUUAUCCAGAUGUGUUUGCCCGAGAAAGACUAGCGGCCAAAAUAGAUCUACCUGAAGCGAGAAUACAGGUCUGGUUUUCUAAUCGAAGGGCCAAAUGGAGAAGAGAAGAAAAGCUGAGGAAUCAGAGGAGACAGGCCAGCAACACACCUAGUCAUAUUCCGAUCAGCAGUAGUUUCAGCACCAGUGUCUACCAACCAAUCCCACAACCCACCACGCCUGUUUCCUCCUUCACGUCUGGCUCCAUGUUGGGCCGAACAGACACAGCCCUCACAAACACAUACAGUGCUUUGCCACCCAUGCCCAGCUUCACCAUGGCAAAUAACCUGCCUAUGCAACCCCCAGUCCCCAGCCAGACCUCCGCGUACUCCUGCAUGCUGCCCACCAGCCCUUCGGUGAACGGGCGGAGUUAUGACACCUACACCCCCCCACAUAUGCAGACACACAUGAACAGUCAGCCAAUGGGCACCUCGGGCACCACUUCCACAGGACUCAUUUCCCCUGGUGUGUCAGUUCCAGUUCAAGUUCCUGGAAGUGAACCUGAUAUGUCUCAAUACUGGCCAAGAUUACAGUAAAAAAACAAACAAACAAACAAUCAAAAAA